GCCAUUCCAAAAAAGAAAGAUUCAACAACCCUUCUUUCAUCUUCUUCAUCCACUCCCAAACUCUCUUGAAGAAAAAAAAAACGACCAUCAAACCCCUCACAAAUCUCUACUCCCCUCGGUGUAUAUCUCAAUCUCUAUAUUCGCUUGAAUAAUGGACACCCUAUGAAAACCCUAAUUCCUGAAUUUUCAGAGGACGAUGGUGAGGCGGCCCCAUGAUAAUCCACUAUUGAAUUCUCCACAAAGAAUAAAAAAUUCAAACUAUUCAAUCCCUUAUGGAACAAAAAUCGCAGAGUCCCUCAACAUUAGCGUUGGAGAAAGUAAAGUUAAUACAAUGGGAAGAUUUCGAGCAAGAGUUGGCGCGACUUUGGAGUCUUUCGUCCGCCCUCAGUGAGGCUAAGCAGAAGAAACUGUUGCUUCAGCAGAAAUUGGAGGGCCUCAUACAGCGGGCUUGUGCUUGGUGGGCAGGUAGAGGCAGAGUCGUUAAGUCGGUCAAAUGAGCUUGAAGAGAUGCGAGAAAAAUUGGAGUCUCGAAAAUUGCUUAUGGGAAACAUGUCAAUGCAUUCGAAGGUUGCAGAAGAGACGGUUAAAAAGCAAGAGGAGCAACUUGGCAAUGAAAUUAAAUCCCUGUUGGUUGCUGGGACUGCUCUUUCUAUAGCUACUAAGCACUUGCAGGAAGCAAAUAGGUCGAUUGCUGGAGAAAAUGGUUAUCUUCAUCUCAGGAACUUGCAGAAGUUGCUGAGAGUGAGGCAACAAUUUAUGGUAUCACAAGUUUCACUGUUAUAUCCUGUGAAGGUUGAUCUUGGUCAUGUACGUGAGCAGGAACUUGAAUCAUUUACCAGUGCCAUUAGAUCAGGGAAUUCUGCUGGAUCAAAACCUCUUGAUCAGGGAUCCUUGACUAUUUCAGGUCUGCAUCUCACUGUGCUCCCGUUUACGAAGAUGAGUUUUUUUGCCGAUAAGAAGGAGGUUCAGAGAUCUGCAACUGCCCUGGGAUAUGUCGCUCAUGCCAUUUCACUUAUUGCGUCCUACUUGGAAGUUCCUCUACGAUAUCCUUUACGAUUAGGAGGUUCUCGAUCAUACAUUUGUGACUAUGCACCUUCGAUGGAGCCUGCAUCGUCUGAUUUGGCAUCAGAUUCAUCAGUUUCCAUAAAUAUGAAGCCGAUAGAUUUUCCUCUCUUUUUAGAAGGGCAAGACUCAACCAAAGCAGCGUAUGCUGUAUUCUUGCUAAACAAGAUUGUUUUGUGCUCCAGUGGUUUUAAAACUUAG